AUGGCCAUGAGCAAAUCCCCUCUCCGAGCGUUCCUCGCGGCCAUGGUUCUUAGCUUCCUCCUCGGAGCUGCAACAUGCAGCCGCACCACGACGACCCUCUCCUCUUUCCAGAACUUGGCGGAGGACAAGUCGCGGCUGGGGUCGACGCCGCCGAGCUGCCACAACCGGUGCAACGCCUGCAACCCCUGCAAGCCCAUCCAGGUGGCCACGACGCUCCCCUCGGGUUCUAGCCGGCCGUCGACGUCCCGCAGCACCGCCGACGAGGCCGCCGCCUACGCGCAGUACUCCAACUACAAACCGCUCGGGUGGAAAUGCCGCUGCGCCGGCCGCCUCUACAACCCCUAG